AUGAAGACAGAAACAGCGUCAACAGACAGCCCUGGAGCCAUUGAGGCCCAAGGGACCAACAACAUCCUCGACAGUCUCGCAUCUCUCGAUCGUGACUCUCAGCUUCAACGUGGCCUCAAAAGUAGACAUAUCCAGUUCUUGGCCUUAGGUGGCGCUAUCGGAACGGGUCUUUUCGUAGGAUCAGGAGGGAUUCUAGCGAUUGUUGGCCCCGUACCUCUCUGGCUUGGCUAUCUGUUUAUGAUGUUCCUUGUGUGGAUUGUCAUGAACUGCAUCGCUGAGAUGACAACAUACCUUCCCAUGAAGGGUAUUACGAUUCCGUACUUCACAGACCGUUAUGUGGACAGGAGUUUGGCGUUCGCCCUGGGCUGGAACUACUGGUAUGCCUACACUUUCCUUGUUGCUGCCGAGGUCUCGGCAGGCGCCAUCCUCCUGGAGUAUUGGGAUACACCAGUGCCGACAGCGGUCUGGAUUACCAUCAUCCUCGCUGUUUGUUUGCUCCUAAACAUCAUCGCUGUCGAGAUCUUCGGAGAAGCCGAGUUCUGGUUCGCCAGUAUCAAGCUCAUCACCAUCAUCGGCCUGAUCAUUGUUGGUAUCGUCAUCAUGGCUGGAGGUGCACCAGAGGGAGGAGCAGUUGGGUUCAAGUAUUGGAAGGACCCUGGUGCUUGGCAAGAAUACGUUGGAAGAGGCUCAACCGGUCGCUUCACAGCCUUCUGGACCGCUGUCGUUCGUGCAGGCUUCAGCUUCAUCACAUCACCCGAGCUCAUCGGUACCGCCGCUGGCGAGUCAGUUGCCCCUCGUCGCAACAUUCCUAAGGCUGCUGGCCGCUUUCUCGUCCGCUUGGCGAUAUUCUACGGUGUGAGCAGUCUCAUCGUUGGCGCGCUGGUUCCUUCGAACGAUCCGCGUCUGCUUUCCCCUGAAUCCAACGCCAAUGCCAGUCCUUGGGUUAUUGGCAUUCAGCGUGCUGGCAUCAAGGGUCUUAAUCAUGUCAUCAACGCCGCUAUUUUAACAUCAGCUUGGUCUGCCGGCAACGCCUUCUUGUACUCAGGUUCGCGUAUUCUUUAUUCAAUGGCCGCUAUCGGCCAAGCGCCGUCCAUCUUUACACGCACGUCCCAUCGUGGUGUGCCUUACGCCGCCAUUCUGGGUACUUGGGGUGUUGCGCUGCUCUCGUACCUCAACGUCUCGGAGAACGGUGCGCGUGUGUUCGGUUGGUUCAUGAACUUGUCGACUAUCUCGGGUUUCAUCGGCUGGAUUGUGGUCAUGGUUACGUACCUGCGUUUUCGCUCUGCGCUGUCCUUCCAAGGGCUGCUGCACACCUUGCCGUACAAGACCAUCGCACAGCCUUACGCAACCUACUUUGUGCUGUUCCUGGUGUCAGCGCUGACGCUCACGAACGGCUUUCAAGUGUUUGCGAAAGGUAGGUGGAAUGUCGAGGACUUCCUGGCUGCGUACAUCACCAUCCCGUUUUUCCUGGUUCUGUACAUGGGCCACAAGUUGCGAUGCCGCGGGCCUGUGGUCAAGCCGGUUAGCGAAAUUGAUGUUAUCACGGGCAAGAAAGAGAUGGAUGAAUUUUGCGAAAUGGACCAUAUCGUGCCGGAGCCGAAGAACAUUGUUCAACGAAUUUGGUUCUGGCUUGCCUAA